AUGGAGUGGCCACGAUUGCUCGGUCGGGAAGUGUGUCGAUGGAUGAAUGUUGUGGACGUGUGUACUGGAAAGGCAAACGAAUCGGUUGUGACUGGAUAUGCCAACACUCCCACUAAUAAAGUGGUAGUGGUUGGUCGGAUUGUGGAUACAACUGACCACAAAGGUGAUGCUCCCACCGGUUCAGUGGAUGAGCACCCACAUGUGAAGAAAUCAACGAAAUUCGUUGAUCGCGCAUGCGAAUAUGCUGGUCCACGUUUUGUGGAUGCAACGACUGGUUGUGAAGUUACAAAAACAGAUGAACAGAUGUUUUUGGCACGGUUGCCGGCGAUGAAAGAGCAGAUACAGCUAGAGAAAGCCACUUAUGAUGACUUCCUUCACAACCUCAAGUGUAAUGAUAUUGCGGAGGACGUGUUGCUACGGCCGAAUGUCGACGCAGCGAGACUACGCUCAUCAUCGGUUUGGAUGAUUCGGUUCUCGAAAAAUUUCGCAGCAUGUGGAGUUAACAUUGAAGGAACAAACUGA